UUUGACCUACUUAGCAAAUAUCAACAUGGCCUUAUCGAGGGUGACUGUGCGAGUGCGGUACAAGCCAGUGUUGUAGCUUUACUACGACUUGGUAAUUAUUGUUUGCUGGCUUGUAUUCAAAUACAUUCUCAAUGUUGAUUGCAUUGUGGUGGAUGUGUAAAACACUUCUAGAGGAAGUAAGUUAACAUGUAUUUGUUUAUGUCUAAAUUGGAUCAUACAUGGCGGAAGGAGGGAUAACACAAGAACAAGGCCUACGUGACGAGGUGAAUGUAUGCCAGUUGUGUGGGGCACUUGAAAAUCUUUCGCUGUGUGGGGGUUGCAGGGGUACUUGGUACUGUUGUAAAGAUCACCAAAGACAGGACUGGAAAGUUCAUAAACAGUCAUGCGCAAAAAAUAAAUCUGGAAUUAUAUCAAAAUCGCAGCAUCAAAAUGCUGUAACUUUAUCUGCAAAACAAGGUAUGCUAAACUACAGUUCAAACGAGGUCAACUCUUUCAGUGAUAACGUUAACAAUAGUUCAGAACCUGUCUCCCCUUCGAAGGUGAACUUGGACGAUUCCAGCACUCUAUCAACCCUUACUUCAUUCGAAAACACAGCGGCAGGUGAGGGAAUAGUAGUGUCUGUCAACACAACCCAGCCCACCAACUCGACCACUGGACCUGAAGAAGGAAACAAUGUUGAUGAUAGGCUUAACUGUGGACGUGAUCCCAGCCAGGUCGAAAAAUCAAACAGUCCACUAGGGAAACACAGCCGUGCUAAAAGUUCAAAACACAAAUAUAAAUAUGAGCAGCAAGGGAAUUUGCCUACAAUAUCUGAAGAUGGUCCUCCACCAGAGAGAUACUAUCUAGACUACACCACUCACAGAAUUAAUCUUCCACCUUCAGCAAAGGCUGCUUCUCCUAGUCACACGCAGGCCUCAGCCAUGGGUCAGGGAGACAGAAGCCUUUCAGCUUUGCAAAGCAAGGAGCAGUAUCUUUCCAUUUUGAGGUCUCGGUUUAAAGUGUUAGCCAAAUAUGUUGUGGAUUGCUUAACAAAGUAUGGCAUAUGUGUGAUUGACAAAUUUCUUGGUGAAGUAACAGGACAUGAAAUAUUGAAAGAAGUUUUGCAACUAAGUUCAGCUGGAGUUCUGAAGCAAGGGCAAUUAGUCCAUGGCCCUACAUCUUCUUCUAGCAACAAGUACAUUCGGGGUGAUAUGAUUACAUGGGUGGAUGGCACAGAGCCUCGCUCAGAAAAUAUCCAUUUCCUUAUUUCUUGCAUGGAUGCUGUUAUGCUUCAGUGUGCUAGCAAAUUAGAAAAUUAUACCAUCAAUGAAAGGACUAAGGCAAUGGUUGCAUGUUACCCAGGGAGAAAGACAAGAUAUGUCAGACAUGUUGACAAUCCAAAUGGUGAUGGUCGUUGUAUCACCUGCAUUUACUACCUCAAUGAAAACUGGGAUGUUAGGCAACAUGGAGGAUUACUUAGGAUUUAUCCUGAAGGCACAGACAGGGUUGCCAAUAUAGAACCCAAGUUUGACAGACUUUUAUUUUUCUGGUCUGACAGAAGGAAUCCUCAUGAGGUUGAACAAGCUUUUAGAGAAAGAUAUGCAAUAACAGUUUGGUAUUAUGAUGCUGAGGAAAGAGCUCAAGCCUUAAAGAAAUUUAAAGGCGUGUCAGAUUCAACAAAUAUCAAACCCCAGGCUGUUCCUCUAAUCAAUGGAGAAAAUCAAGGAUUACAGUGAUAUAAAAUGUCUUUCAUUUAUGAGUUGGACAUGGUGCGGAUGACUGUUUAACGUGAUUAAACCAGUGACUUACAAACAUUUGACCAAAGACUACCUUCAUACUUUCAAACAUUGCGAUGGAAAAAAUCUGAUUAAUUCUCAAGUCAUAUAAUUGUCUCAUAAAAAUCAAAGCUAGAAAUUUUUUUUGGAUUGUGAAGACACCACUCCUUUAGGAAAUAAAAUAUUCCUUCAAAUAAAAUAUUGUGGAACAUUUAUGUGACAAAUGGUUUUCUUAUAGCAGGCAUUAUUAUCUGUAUUUUGAAUUGGAAGCAUUAACUGGCUUAUGCAAAUAAAGGAUUUUCAUCAUUGUGUUGGUGUGGUAGAUCAGGUAAGAUGAACUGAUGCAUGAACUAGAAUUCUAUUCCUGGUGUGGUUGUGAAUCAGAGCUGGUUCAAUGCUAAGAUUAAGUAAUUUAUUUUUUUUUGUUUUCUAAUUAUAUUUCAAUUUUGUGGUGGACAUUUCAAAGUGGCUUGAUGUACAUAAAUAUCCGUUAAAGCUUUUAGUUUCAUGAAAAAGAAAAUUAACAAACUAUUUUGAAAAUGCAUAUCUGUUAAUUUUAUUCUGUUUACAUGUUCUGCUUUUUAAAGUGAUAAAAUAAGAUUAAAUGAAAAAAAAAUGUCUGUGAUUGCAAGGGGUGCUGUGUUUUGUGAUUGAGUAAUUGAGCUAUUACUAAGACAGUUAAUUUUACAUAAAGUCCAAAAGUAAUGCAGGUGCAAGUGAUAUAUCAUAUCUCAAGUGACUAGAAAACUAGUUGCAUUCAGUGCCAAAUGUUAUAUGAUUGUCUGCUUGAGUAGCCACAAGAAAGUAGUUGAGCAGUUUUCUAACUUAGUCAUCUAUCAAUGACAUUUAAGUUUUGUAUAGCUUUUAUACUGUACAAAAUACUUCUUUGUUUCAUAAAUUAAUAAUGGUUUCUUUAAGAUCUUUGAGUUAUAAAUUUCUGAACAGCUUUAAUUCCAUACUGGUGUAUAUUUUUGGUAACUUAAAGUUUCUUCUCUAUGGUGCCAUAACUAUUUUUUUUGUAAAACUAAUUUUUUUUUUUUAAAAGGUUUCAGCAAAUCAAUUAGCUCUAUAGUCCAAUCAACAGAUUUAAUGUCAAGUUACAAAUCAUGAGCUCAAAAUAGACAUAAUUUUGUUGUCAUCAUUAUAAAAAAAUCUCUAGUCUUUUUCAUUGUAAUUUAAUGUAAAUAUUUAAUUGUUAAUUACUUUUUAUAAAAACUUCAUGCUGUAUUUUGUAUUUUUCCCUUUUUGUAUCAAUCAGAUUAAAUGUAGAUCUCUAUCUGAACAGUAUCUACUGAUACAAUUUUUAUACUAAUUAACAAAAAUUGUAUGAGAAUACUAAAAUAGCUAUACAACUUCUUGAAACGUUUUAAAUAAAAAAAUUCAUUGAAUUAGUGUUUUAGACAGAAAUAAUGGUAGGAUUUAACACAGCUAGCUAUCUGUUCCUUAUUCUGAGAUAAAUCUGUUGCUAUAAUAGUAGCUGAAGUGGGUUGUAGUGAAAAGUAAUUGAGUGUACAUUCCUUUCAAGGUUAUGCAUGCAGGCCUUAGAAAUGCCUUGAAUUCAGCUUGCUUCACAUGUCUUUGUAAACUAUGUCCAUAAAAUUAUAUCAUUAUCCCAGUGAAGUUUAAUGUAUGGAUGAGGUAAAUCUACCAAUAUUUGUGUCUAUUCAGAGUGGCUUAAAAAAAAAUCUCAAAGUAUUUUAAAUUAUUUCAAGAUGCAAUUAUUUCAAGUUAAAGACUUCAGUGUGACAUAAAAUGCAAGAAUAUGGUAAACAUCAGAAUUAAAUGUUAAUACAAUAUCAGCAUACAACCUUUCAUAAAAAAUUUUUUAGUCUAACUACCUCAGUUUAGCUUUUUUUUUUUAUUCUGUAAAUUAAAAAGAAAAAAAGGGUGAAGUUAAUAAUUAUAACUUUUCUUAUGUUUUUCCCAUGUGAGUUCAAAAAUCAAACUUUUUGUUAUGAAAUAGGUUUAAUCUAAUAUUUGAUAAUUUUCUAAAUCAAGUUAUUUGAUCUUUUAAGCCUGUAUUCUAUUUUUGCAUAUUUUCUGUGCAUCUGACUAUGAUAAUUAUCAUAAUAUAUGCAGAUUGUGUGAGCUUAGGUGGAGUUUGAAAGCCUUAUGAAAAUCAUAAUCUGUUCUACUGCUGAUUAUUUCCAUGCACAUAAACUAAAAAUAGAAAUUAUAAAAAAAAUAAUUAAUUACUUUACUGUUAAUCUAUGUUCAUAUUGCCACAUCAAUGUUUUUUUUUAAAGUUCAUUGAUUAAAGAUGUUUAUAAAUUAA